UUUUACUUCUGAACGGAUUUCCUUUUCGUUCUAUCUGCCAUUUAUUCAUUGAUGAUUGCCACUUUGUCCGUUCUUAUAGUCCACAUCACACGUAUUAUACAAUCCUUGACAGACUACAUAAUGGCCGCACCACGUGAAAGAACUUUCAUUAUGGUUAAACCAGACGGCGUUCAACGCGGACUCGUCGGUACCAUUAUCGAGCGAUUUGAGAAGAAAGGCUUUAAACUUGUGGCUCUCAAAUUCACGUGGCCGUCUGAUGAGCUUCUGAAGAAUCAUUACAGUGACUUGUCUUCGAAACCUUUCUUCCCCGGUCUCGUGAAGUACAUGAGUUCAGGACCUGUUGUACCCAUGGUUUGGGAAGGACUUAAUGUCGUGAAGACUGGACGUCAGAUGCUCGGAGCUACAAACCCUGCUGACUCUCAACCCGGAACUAUUCGUGGCGAUCUCUGUAUAGAGGUUGGUCGCAACAUCAUACAUGGUUCAGAUAGCGUGGAAUCUGCUAACAAAGAAAUUUCACUAUGGUUCACUGACAAAGAGGUAGUGGGCUGGACACCGGCUGCUGAACCAUGGGUAUAUGAAUAAGUAAAAUAUUACAAUUGAGUAAUAUAUGUUUAACGACUUUCCAUUUUUUAUUUGCUACUUAUUUAAGUUUAAAAUAAAUGUAUUUAAUUUUUA